GGUCUGAUCAUGACAUCAAUAUCGUUCCACGGCAACAGCCAUGGGAUCCAGGUCGGAGAUAACCGUGGCUCAAUCACAGCAGGGUUCCAUCUGCACCCAGGUAAGUUGGGCUCGGAGGAAUGGGACAAGCUCGCGGUCGCGCGCGAUCCGGACUUUGUCAGUCGCGAUACGCUGCUUAACCGGAUUCACGAGAAAAGCUCAGUGCCAGGGUCGAGAAUAGCGCUCGUCGGCCUCGGCGGUGUUGGAAAAUCACAACUGGCUAUCGAAUACUCCUAUCAAAUACGAACCGAAUCGCCGGCAACAUGGAUUUUCUGGGUCCAUGCGAGUAGCGAAGCCCGUUUCGAGCAAAGUUUCUGGGACAUCGCAGAUCAGGUCAAAAUACCCGGUCGCCAGGAUCCUGCAGUGAAUAUAUAUAGACUGGUUGAGAGCCAGCUCCGGGACGAGAAGAAAGGAAGAUGGGUCUUUAUCCUUGACAAUGCCGACGACGACGAAUUUCUUUGUUCGCUUCCACCUAAUGGAACUGGCACCCUAGCAAGAGAGGAUCCAAACGUCUCGAUUAAGCCAUUGCUAGAGUACGUUCCUAGAAGUCGGAAUGGAUCUGUCAUAAUCACGAGUCGAAGCAGAGAGGUCACGCUAAAGAUGGUCCAUCACCAGGAUAUUAUUGAAGUGAAACCGAUGGAAAAAUCUGAAGCGAUGAAGCUUCUUCAAAUACAUCUUGGUCAACCAAGGGAGGAUCAAGAGAGUCAUCUUUUAUUGGAAGCGCUCGAGUAUAUACCGCUUGCGGUCGUCCAGGCCGCUAGCUAUGUUCGAGAACAGGGGUCUCGCUACUCUGUAUCAAAAUAUUUGAGAGACUUUCGGGAAAGUGACCGAAAAGCAACAAGGCUUAUGGAGCGAGAAGCAGGUCAUCUCUACCGAGACUGGGAGGCAAAGAACUCUAUUCUGGUAUCAUGGCAAAUUUCAUUCGACCAUAUUCGGCAAAUCAAGCGAUCUGCAGCGGAAUUACUCUCACUGAUGAGUUUUUUCGAUAGACAGGGAAUCCCAGAGCGCCUUAUCAGGCUUCAGCCUGAUUUCAAUCACAGAUCAACCUCAGAGCUACUAGACGAUUCAAUUGAUGGGAAUUCAUCUACAUCUGAUGUCGACUUCGACUUUGAAGACGAUAUCAUGACACUGAGAAACUACUCAUUCAUAUCUGUUAGUGAAAACGGCUCUUCCUUUAUGAUGCAUCGACUGGUGCAAUUAACGACGCGUGCGUGGUUGAAAUCUCAUGGUGUAAUGGAACCAUGGAAAGAGAUAUUUAUCAGCAACUUAAACCGCAAAUUUCCCAUUGGAAAGUACGAACAUUGGGAAAAAUGCCGCUCACUCUUUCCUCAUGUUCGAUCAGCGAUGCUUCAUCGACCGGAAUCACAGGGGUAUCUCUUGAAAUGGGCCACUCUCCUGUAUAGAGGUGCAUGGUAUGCAUCGGAAAGCGGUAAUAUCUCAGAUGUGAGGGAGAUGGCAUUAAAGUCGAGAGAUGAAAGAGUGAUACUCCUAGGCGCCGAGCAUGAAGAAGCUCUUGAAAGUACCGCGAUAUUAGCAAGAGCAUACUCACUUGAAGGCUGCUGGGAGAAGGCUGAGGAACUUCAAAUACAGGUGAUGGAGACUCGCAAGAAAAAGCUUGGCGAGGAUCAUCCCGACACGCUUUCGAGUAUGGCCAGCUUAGCGUCCACAUAUUGUAGCCAAGGUCAAUGGGACGAGGCUGAGAAGUUCAAACUACAGGUGGUACAAGGCCGCAUUAGGAAGCUUGGCGAGCAUCAUCCAGAAACACUAAAAAGUAUGACCGACCUGUCGUCGACAUAUCUACAUCAAAGUCGAUGGGAGGAGGCCGAGAAGCUUAAUAUACAGGCAAUAGCGACUUAUAAGAGGGCUCUCGGCGCAGAUCAUCCUGACACACUUUUGAGUAUGGCUAGCUUAGCGUCGACUUACAAUGGCCAAGGCCGAUUGGAUGAAGCCGAGUCGCUUAGAAUGCAGGUUAUGAAGACUCAAAGAACAAAGCUCGGGGAGGACCACCCUCAUACACUAGCGAGUUUGAGCAGCCUAGUGGGAAUCUACAUAGAUCAAGGGAGGUGGGAUGAAGCCGAGAAGCUCAACAUACGUUUAAACGAGACUUGCGAGAGGAAGCUUGGCGAAGCCCAUCCGCACACACUGACAAGCUUGAAUGGCUUGGCGCACAUCCACUUACACCAAGAUCGGUACGAGCAGGCUAAAAAGCUUCACGUGCAGAUAAUUGAGACAUGCAUGAAAAAGCUCGAUGAAGACCAUCCUGUGACUCUGAGAAGCUUGGAAAAUCUUGCAUUGACAUAUAGAUAUCAAAGCCGGUGGGAGGAGGCUGAGAAACUCGAGGUGCAGGUCAUGGAGACUCGCAAGAGAAAACUCGGCGAGGAUCACCCUGAGACGCUAGGGAGCAUGUCCAUCCUAGCAUCGAUAUAUACACAGCAAGGCCAGUGCAGUAAAGCCGAGCAGCUUCAAGUGAAGGUGAUGGAGACUCGCAAGAAAAAGCUCGGCGAGGAUCACCCUGAGACGCUAGGGAGCAUGUCCAUCCUAGCAUCGAUAUAUACACAGCAAGGCCAGUGCAGUAAAGCCGGGCAGCUUCAAGUGAAGGUGAUGGAGACUCGCAAGAGAAAGCUCGGCGAAGAUCAUCCCGACACACUUUCAAGUAUGACCAGCUUGGCAGUAGCAUAUUGCAGGCAUCGCCGGUGGGAAGAGGCCGAGCAGCUUGAUGUGCAGGUGAUGGAGACUCGCAAGAGAAAGCUCGGCGAGGAUCAUCCCGACACACUUUCAAGUAUGGCUAACCUCGCCUUUACCUGGAAAUCUUCGGGUAAUGAUGCCGAGGCCGUCAAGUUACUUAGGGACUGCCUAGUCAAACAGCAGCAAACACUAGGGCAAAAUCAUCCGGAUACUCUCUCUACUUCUGAAGCAUUGCUGGAAUGGGAAACGGAGAAGCUGGAUAUAAAUGGCUAG